AUGGCCACAAUAUACACCUCUGUGCCGGAAGGCCUCAUCCCCCUCCUUCAAUCUCACCUCCCAAAUUCCCUCGUCCUCCUCCGCCGCCUUCAAUUCACCCGCUUCAAAGACGGCAUGCGCCCAACAGCUCGGAUCAUCCUAGCCUCAGAUGCAUCACUUACUUCAACUAUCUCGCAACAAAAUGAUGGCACAAUCUCUGACCAACAGCCGUGCAACUUCUGCGCAGCAUACCUCGACUUCGGCAGUACCAAAGAAACCCAACUCUUCAUAUAUUCAACCCUAGAAAACGCCCCCAAUACAACUUUCACAGACGAAUACAAGGAAACAGCCGAGUCCCAAAUCGCAGCAGUUCUCGGCGCCGUAACACAAGUGAGUAAGCAACAACCAGACAACAGAACCCUCCCGGGAGCAUGCCUCGUCGGGACCCUCGCCACACCCACGCGGGACGCCAUACUACGGGCCGGCGUGCGCGUGACGCCCCGUCAAGACUACGAGUACGAGAAGUGGCUGUUCCGCGUCGAUGAGAUCCCCGAUUUCGAGGACCGGGUCACGUUGCCCGAGGGAGCUACGUGGGGUCCAGCUACGGAGAGGGAUUGUGAGAUUGUGAUUUCGAGGACGGAUAUCCCGCGCCAAGUGUGA